AUGCGCAGAAAGAUAGCGAGAACCGUCGCCCCUGUCCCUCGUUGCUCAUGUCCCUCCCGUCGCUCCGAUCCCUCCCGUCGCUCCGAUCCCUUUCCCAUCCCGUCGCUCACCGCUUCCCCUUUCCGUCGCCCACGCUUUUCCAUCCCGUCGCUCACCGCCUUCUCUUUCCGUCGUUCACGCUUUUCCUACUGUUCCCCCUCGCUUUCCAUUCCCGUCGUUCCCGCUCCUCCCGUCGCUCCCGCUCCCGCUCCUCCCGUCGCUCCCGCUCCCUCUCCUCCCUUCGCUCCCGCUCCCUCGCCUCCCUUCGCUCCCGCUCCCUCUCCUCCCUUCGCUCCCGCUCCCCCUCCUCCCUUCGCUCCCUCUCCUCCCUUCGCUCCCGCUCCCUCUCCUCCCUUCGCUCCCGCUCCUCCCGUCGAUCCCGUCGCUUUCGUCCCUCACGUCGUUCACGUUGCUCCCGUCGCCCUUCCCUACGUGCAGCGUCCCUGCUUCCCUACGCCAUUUCCCGCCCCCUUACCCUACGUGUAG